AUGGCCCUCCGCAUCAGCCUCCCGCGCAAGCCCGCGUUCCUGCACGGCGUGCCCAACAACAGCCUCCUCGCCAUCGGGAUGCUCCUCUUCGCCAACGCGCUCGUGUGGGCGGCGUGCGCCAUCAUCCUGCGCGCGCACGCCAAGCUCAUCUCGCCGGCCGCGCUCGCCUACACUCUCGGCCUGCGGCACGCGCUCGACGCCGACCACAUCUCGGCCAUUGACCUGAUGACGCGGCGGCUCAUCGCCGCCGGCCAGCGGCCCGCCACCGUCGGCACCUUCUUCUCGCUCGGCCACAGCACCGUCGUCGUCGUCACCUGUGUCGUCGUCGCCGCCACCAGCGGCGCCCUGCGCGACCGCUUCGACGGCUUCGCCCGCGUCGGCAACAUCGUCGGCACCUCCGUCAGCGCCGUCUUUCUCAUCGUGCUCUGCGUCGGCAACGGCUGGGUGCUCUACAAGCUGGUUAACCGCCUGAGCGAGGUUCUGGCCGAGAGGCGUCGUCGCAGCGACGAGACCGGCGCCGACGCCAGGGUGCCCACCGAGUAUGACGCCGAGGCCACGGCGAGCGGCCAGUUUAACAUGGACGGCGGCGGCCUCGUCGCGAGGCUGCUGGGCUUCCUCUUCAAGGCCAUCGACCGGCCGUGGAAAAUGUACCCGCUCGGCGUCGUCUUCGGCCUGGGCUUCGACACGAGCUCCGAGAUUGCCAUUCUCGGAAUCGCGAGCAUUCAAGCUGUCCAAGGGACCAGCAUCUGGCUUAUUCUCAUUUUCCCCCUCUUAUUCACCUCUGGCAUGUGUCUGCUGGAUACCACCGACGGUGCCCUCAUGAUGGCAUUGUACACGUCCAAGGCAUUCUCGCGAGACGUCGUCGCCAUUUUAUACUACUCCAUCGUACUCACUGCCAUCACCGUCUUCGUCGCGGCAUUCAUUGGCAUUAUUCAGGUCCUCUCACUCGUCCAAAAUGUCGCUGAGCCACAAGGACGCUUCUGGGACGGCGUCUCCGUCAUCACUGAUCAUUUCGAAAUAGUCGGCGGCAGCAUUGUCGGUGUAUUCGUCGUCGUAGGCCUGGCAUCCGUCCUUGUCUAUCGCCCUUGGAGACGCCGCAUCGAAGGCAAGCAGCAGGCACUGGCCGCGUCUGCCGAUGCUGGAUUGAGAGAUGCCCACGAGCCAGAGACACCCCUGUCACAACAAGCAACACCUCGUCAUUUGAUGGACUAA